AUGACGCCACUAUUGGAUCCAUACGUCAUUCGAAUCUUGCUGGUUGUUGGAGCUCUGGGCGCAAUUCUUCUUUUUGUUGCAGACCUAAUUUUGUACUAUCCAUUCAACCCUCAAGACCGCACCGCCAAGUCCUACUUUGACAAGAUUGAUCCCGGUGGUAGUUUUCUAGCUGAUUCAAGCAUGAAGAUGAUUUCUCGCGAACGUGUCAUGUUGGGAGGAGUCUUGGGACCAGUGUCGGCAGUGCUGUAUGGGGUGGGAUUUGUGGGCCUUUUUUGUGGAUUGUAUUCUUCCGAUGGCGGCGGCUGGAUAAUGCCACUCACUUCCAGCUUGGGCUUUACCUUUCUCAUGACAGUAGCAGCGGUAUAUCAUGCACUCUUUGCUUAUACCUCGUUCUUAUCGCAGCAGAUUGCCAAGGCGAAAAAAGAGAAUGACAACGGCAGGGGACUGGAGGAACUGGUGGACAUUCAUCGGACCUACCUCAAGUACAUCUACAAGUGGUGUGCAAUUCCAGGAGCUCUGGGGUCACUGUCCUUUAUCUAUUGUUGCUUGUUUACCAAUUGUCUGUUUGCUCCAUGGACAGUUUUGUUUGCCCCAGCAUUCUCGGCCUUUUUGAAAAAGCAUCUCAAGAGAAACAGCAUCGGUGGUCUUGUUCUCUGUGGAGGUCUCACCAAUCUCUGGAACCUUUGUUUCUUCUCUGUGCUGAUAAUCAGCAUAUCAGCUCAUUGCCGUGUAGUGAUAGUACAGCACAGCCAGUAA